GCGCUACGCAGCCUCCAGGGAGAACUUAGUCCGAGUUUAUAGUGAAUAUCAAGCUACGCAACAAUGAAUCACCCUCGAUCCAUAGCAAUGCUCGCUGCGCUGUGGCUGGUGGUUAGUGUCACUUCCACUCCUGUCCGCCGUUCGCCUGACCUUGAAGCUCGUCGUCGCAGUGCCAUCGACCGCAGCAUGAUCAGAUUCGGAAGAUCAACUCUGCCCGUCGUACCUCCAGCGCAGCCCAGCUUUCUGCAAAGAUACAGCGCGUCUCAGCCAGCGGCCCUUACUGCAGAUGACCUUAUGACCUUCCUCCGAGCCUACGAAGAAGACUACAGCAGUCCCGUGUCCAAAAAGUCGGCUAGUUUCGUGCGAUUUGGUCGCGACCCUAGCUUUAUCCGGUUCGGCAGGUCAGUCGAUGAAGAAAACUCUGGUUAUCAAGCUGAAACCAACACUUACCCCCAACGGAGACACAGAGCUCGCAAUCACUUCAUCAGGCUCGGAAGGGACAACGAGUUCAGCGAAUCCAACGACGAAGACAGAUAUGAAGUCGAAAGCGAAAGAACGAAAAGAUCCGUUGUUGACCCUUGCAAUGAUUGCGCUUAAAAUUUUAUCCGACA